AAACAAAAGUGUCUGAGUUCACCAACACCUCGAAUGCCUAACAGAUAAGAGCAUAGAGUUGGUUUAUGCCGUUGUAACAGUUGAAACAUGAAACUCCACAAGAACAUAGUGUUGAAUCUGCUCUUGCUGUUGUGCCUCUCUACAGUGCUUCCGGAAUGUCUAGCACAAGAGGACGAAACCGUCACUGAAGCACUGACCACGACGAAUCCAACCGUUGUCGCGGAAGAAGUCUCAGAUGAUUUGGAUUCGCCAACCACCACCAUUCCGGACGAAACGAAUGGGGAACUAAAUGAGAAUGGGAUUGCGGUUACUAACAUCUUAACUGCUCCGUGUCCUACGGGGUAUAAACUCGACCAAAAAGGCGUUUGCAGGAAGGUCAGCGUGUUUUAAAGCACGACGAGCUUAUUUUCUUAUUCAUUUAAUGUUCAUGACCGUGACCUCAAAAAAAAAAAAUUAAUAAUGGGCAAGUGUGUGACAUCAUUCGAUUACAUUGAGAAGCAAGACGUGGAUCAGAGUGUUCGGUUUUAUUAAAUCUACACAUAAUGAGAUUACUUUCAAAUGAUUCUUAAUACAAAUUGAAGCAAAUGGCCUAGUGUUUAACUUUGCAUCUCCCCUUACGGUCUGGUGCUUGACCUGUAGGGCACACGACGGGUCCGUCCAAUAGUGCAAAUGGUUUUGGGAUGUGAAGAUUUGAGGUCUCGUCUUCAGUUUGAACCGACGCAGCUUCACGUUCAGGUGACACUGUUGUUUGUGUUUCUUCCAAAAGGUCAGGAGACUCCGUUGUUCUGCUUUCCACUUGUGGAUAGAUGUUGUAAUAAUAGCUAAACUGAUAUACAACUGGUCGCACGUAGUGAUGA